CGGGCGGCGGGUCACGUGAUCCUUGGAGGAUGGCGCCGGUCGGGAAGCUGCUGCUGCUCGCGGGGCUGCUGGUGCUGGGCGGGCUUGACCGUCGAAGCUCGGGGACCGCUGCCGGUCCGGUGCCGCUGGUCAUCUGGCACGGCAUGGGAGAUAGCUGUUGCAACCCCAUAAGCAUGGGAUAUAUUAAAAAAAUGGUAGAAGAGAAAAUCCCAGGAAUUUAUGUGCUGUCUCUGAAGAUCGGCAACACUUUAAUUGACGACAUGGAGAACAGCUUCUUCAUGAAUGUCAACGAUCAAGUCAAGCAAGUGUGUGACCAGCUUUCUAAAGAUCCUAAUCUUCAAGGGGGCUACAAUGCCAUGGGCUUUUCUCAGGGAGGGCAGUUCUUGAGAGCCGUGGUGCAAAGGUGUCCAUCUCCACCUAUGUUCAACCUGAUUUCCAUAGGAGGUCAACAACAAGGUGUGUUCGGUUUCCCACACUGCCCUGGGGAGAGCUCACAUAUCUGUGACUGGUUGAGAAAAGUGCUGAAUAUUGCUUACACAGAUAUGAUUCAGCAGCGUCUAGUCCAGGCACAAUACUGGCAUGAUCCGGUGAAUGAGAAGGAAUACCGCAGAAGGAGUCUCUUCUUGGCUGACAUAAACCAGGAGCGGGUCAUCAAUGAGACUUACAAGAAAAACCUGAUGACUCUGAAAAAAUUUGUGAUGGUGCGGUUUCUCAACGACACAAUGGUAGAUCCCCCGGCUUCUGAGUGGUUUGGUUACUACCGGAGCGGCCAGACUAAGGAGACCAUCCCUCUUCAAGAGACUACGCUCUACACAGAGGAUCGUUUGGGCCUGAAGGAAAUGGACCAAGCAGGGAAGCUGGUGUUCUUUCAGGCAGAAGGAGACCAUCUCCGGUUUACCAAAGAGUGGUUCUUCAAGAACAUAGUCCCAUUUCUAAGUGAUGCUGGUGAUGAGAAUCGGGCUGUUUGAGCGUAGGGUUUGGUGGCUGGAGAUGAUUUUCAUGGCAAGGUGGGGAUACGUCCCAGGGAGUGAUCUUGAAAGACAGGCUCUUUCUACUAAUCUGCUAGGCUAUUGUUCCGUUUCAGGAUUAACAGUUUAAUCACGUUCAACUGCAAGUAUUUAAACUUUUUUUCAAAACCCAACCUGGCCUUGUCUCCAGGACCUGCCUGCUGCAGAUGUUAAACAGCCGUCACCCGAUAGUAUGGUAUUUGUAUGCCACAAUGGAGCCGGUCACCAUUGCUGGGGGGGGGGAGGGUGUAACUGAUACCAUUCACACUGUGUAAAAUCCCCACUUCGGGUGCUUUUGAUACAAGUCACAUUUGACAGAGGGAUCACUUCUGUGGUUUUGUUGAAACGUCAGCCUAAAGAAAUUCAAAAGCACUGUAUAAGCCAUUGUGUAGUUGCUCUGAAUGGAGAAAUUGAAUAGGUUUAAAUAGGUUCUGCGUUCUGAAUGAGAUAUGGAGGGGGUGAGGUAUUUCCGCAGCUGAGAUUUUCCUCUGAAAACUGUGAGCUUUGAUGGGUGGAACGCAUCGUUGUCAAUGCUGGAAGGAAUUUUCCGAUAGAAAAGCCAUUGAUUAGCCUUCCCAAAACGGGGCAGAAGAUUUAAAAUAUGAUGUUGAAAUCAUGUUCAUUCAUACUUUCUUCAGUUUACAAGAAUAUUUUGCAACUUGACACAGUCUAAUAAACAAGUUUUAAUUUAAA